AAUAUUCUUUGGCUCCCUUGUAUCAAAUCAAUAAAUUUGGAUUGAAUACUCUACCCUCGAAAACUGUUGUGAUCCCUCAUGGAGGUCCUUCGAACAGAUCCGGGUGAAAGCUUGCUUUCUGCUUACUGCCAAAGCCGCCGGUGGUGGCGCUAUUUUGCGACAUUCCCUUCUUGAAGGCAUCACCGAGGAGAAGUUCAAGGCCACUGUCUGCUACCUCCGGGGGAAACCCUAGAUCAGUAUAUCGGAAGACGACGGCGUUCGUAUGUCGUUUCCCCCUUGGGGCGUCGUUCUUGGAGGUGUGCACGGGCUCGAGGGACCAGUGGGUCGUAUAUUUGGUGGAGCGGUGCUUCAUCCUACACAUUGAUGUCGACAGAUCUCGACGGGGUGGCGCGAUGCAGAUUCGGCGUCCGAUGUGUGAGGAUGGACUCACGCAGGAGGAUGACGCUGUCUGGCGUCGUGGUGGCAUCGAUGGCAGAGAGACCUGUCAUGGUAGAUGCAACAGUAUAGCUCUGAAGAUGGAUUGAUGGCAGGUGGCUGCGGCGGCCUCAUACCCGGCAGGCGUCCUGGUUGAGGAGUGCGCUGGACUGGUAGGUGCCCCAUACCCGCAGGCAUCCUGAUUGGGACCUUAGGUCUUAGAUGUUUUGGUUUGGCUGUCAAGUCUGUUUGGUAUUAGGCCCAGAUUAUCAGCAUCCGUUCAUCAACUGGAUAGGAGUAGCGACAGAUAUUGCCUAGACGGUGGCUUUAGUCUUACUGUUGUAUAUCUUUGUAAGGUCUUGUGUGAAUAAUUAAUAAAGUUGCUGCAUGCAUCGUCCAGAUGCAGAGACCGAGAAUUCUAGGCCCACUUUCGGACAUGUGUUCUCAAGAGAGCAAUGCACCUACGGUCUGGCCGGAUUCAUUUUCCCGGAGAAUCUUGUGUGCUGACUGGCUAGAGCGAGCCUGUCCAUGCCUUGGUUAACCACAACGUAUCAAGACGUCCAACCUAGCUAACGACCAAACCAACAAUCGCUGGCGUACAAUAUAUACACAUCAAGCAAGUGGUGAAGCGAUCGAGGACCGAUAGACCACAUCGGUCUCCACUGGCCACUGCAGUGUGUUCUCUGAAUAUGCCAACUUGUGAUGGAGAAACGAGUGGCCACCAGAGGAGAGAGGACACGACUCAUGCUGAGGUCUUUGUAUUUGGUUUAUCCUUUCAACUUCUUCCCCGUACGUAUUUCAUUUCACACUACUGUAUCCGUGCUUCCCGGUAUUUACUCGGAUGUUGAGCUGUUCAACGGAUGCUAAGUUUGAUCCUGCAACUUGCGCGCCCUUGCUUGGAAAUGCCGUCCAUGCUGAUAAGGCUUCAUUUUUGUCCAAGUAAAUAGCAGGAGGCACAAACUGGAACAAGGACAGCAAUAGCAGACCAUUCCAAGUUUCCAACUGCUAGUCGGCCUCCUCCCCACCUUUGCUCUAAGGCCAGGAGCUCUGUACUCCAAUCGUAAAGAUAGCAGCGAUCAGAAGAAGAAGGCACAGCGCAGCACCAGCAGGGAGAAAAGAAGUGGUGCUUAGAGCAAGAAGGUUCUUCCUAGAAAAUCCAUAGCAUUCCAUGGCCACUGCUUGGGACGUUGCCUCUGUUGGUUGGUCCAUGGUCGUGUUGGGCUGGUUGGUGUCGCCUGUCAUCACCUUGAUCCUGCCCAAGAUCCUUUCCUGCCUGGGCUUCGAUGCGGCACAGAAGCUCCAGGAGCUAGAGAUCAGCAUCAUGCCAGAGCUGCAGAACAGACUGCAUGCCGUAGAUCAGGAGAGGAUGAUGCAGAGUGGAAAGAAACCAAACUCCGAUGUGGCCGCACUGGACAAGAUGGCCGCCAUGCUGAGGCACGCUCGGGAGGAUGCAGAAGACAUCUUCGAUGAUGCUCAAGAGAGGAUUGUUAGCAGCUACAUCCUCGACGGUGUCGUGCAGACCUUCAAAAGGAGCUGUCUGGGGAUUGCAUGCUUCAUCCAGAGUGGAUCGGCUCAGCUAAUGCAAUGGCCACGGAGCUCUUUGUGUCGUUUCCUCCAACGCGCUUCCGGUGAAGCCGUGACUAUCGGUGUUGCCGCCUCAAAUGAGCCCGGUCAUGUGACUAUAGAUGUUGCGGCGCCCUCCGGCGAGUCUGUUCCGGUGACUACCAGUGCUGCAGCCUCACACGAACCAACAGUUCCAUCCUCCGAUUCCUUGGGGCGGUGGCUCUCUUCCUUUUCCAGCUCCAUCGACUUGGUCAAGUACUGUUGUACAUCCAGCUUCAACUGGUUACGCUUUUACCGAGAUUGGUCCUAUGAGGUAGUUGGUGUCACAAGUUACGAGGAGAAUGCCACUGCAUUGGAUGUUGUCCUUACUGCUAUCUCAAGAUGGAACUUGAAGAAAAGAAUAGAGAAAAUAGAAAGCACCAUCAGUGAAGUGACGAAGUCUCCGCUCUUGGCCACGGCAAACAAGAGUGCAACAGAUGAUAUUGCCAACAAGUAUAGGAGCAUAAUUAGAAUUCCUGGCAAGCGGAAGGUAUUUGGUCGAGAGGGGCUGCGUGAUCAUAUCAUGGUCAAGGUUUUGGAUCCCAAGCGAGGCUUUUUUCUCGAGGGGCACCGAAAUUCACGGUUCCCACGAGCCCCACUGUCGCAAGAAUGGACAAGGAAAAGGGGAAGGAGAGGAGGAGGAGAAGGAGAAAGAGAGGAAUUUGGUCUCCAUUAUGAAGACUAAGCCGCCUGCCCCUGGAAGCAGAAGGGGAAGGGCAAGGGCUGUGUCGCUGCCAAGGAAGCGGGCCAAGGAUUACGGCAAUGUCCCACUCGCCGAGUUGUUAUUACGGGUAAAAAAAAAGCUCCACCGCCUUGACGUCUCGCUGACCCCGCCGA